CUCCGCAUGGCCUCCGCCAUGUGGUCGCGGGCCGCCGAGGAGUCCGUCGACAGGGUCUGGGAGUACUACCUGCCAGUGCGGGCGCAGGAGCAGGCCAGGGUGGCGUUCGGCUCGGCGCAGAGCCGCGCCGUGCUGCCGCUGGCCGGCCCCGGCGGCGGCGCGUCCCGCCUCGCGCUGCUCGCCGUCAAGGCCACCGACGACCUGGACCACCUCGGCCCGGCCAAGUACACCACGCCCACGCUGGGCGCGCUGCACGACGUCCUCACGAGGGUGACGACCAAGCGGCCCGACGUCGGCCCCGGCGGCAGCACCGCGCCGCGCUUCAGGGAGGUGGACCAGCACCUCCCGGCGCCCAACACGUACCAGCUGCCGAGCCGGCGGCCAGCCACGCCCAGCAAGGCGCCCUUCAACACCACCACCACCAGGAGGCCGCUGGUCACGUCCAACACCCCCGGGCCCGGCUCCUACAACCCCGGGGCCUUCAGCCAGCCCGGCGUGGCCGUGGUGGUGCGGUGCGGCCAGGGCGACGGCCCGGGGCGCUGCGAGGCGUGCCAGGAGGAACUGGCCGCCGAGUUCUGGUCGCUGGACGGCCACGUGGUGCAGGGGCUCCCCCGGGACGCGCUCAUGUGCCAGGCCUGCAUGCAGUCGGCGCGCGCGCUGCUGCGGGCGGCCGGCGCCAGAAGCAAGACGCGCUUCACGCGCUGGCAGCUGGACGCCUUCAAGAAAACCCGUGACUGCUCGGACAUCCACCGGCACGAGGGCACGAAGUCCAAGAUCAGUCUGGUGGACCCCAAGACGGUGGCGAAGCGGCGCCGGAAGGAGGCCUACCUGGCCAAGUACUUCCGGGACCAGGCCGUCGUGAACCCCAACCUGAUGGCCGGCACCGAGCCCGCCAAGCUGACCGAGGCGGAGGUGGACGCGGGCCGCGGUCCCCGGCCGGACGCCUUCUGCUGCCUCCACGAGGCGUUCAACAGCUUCAACAAGGACAACAUGUCGUUCGGACUGCGGUCGCUGCGGGUGCCCUCCGACGUGCUGUACAACACCAUGAGGCGGUGCGCCCUGGACUUCCACCCGUCGCGGUCCUCGUCCACGCGGACCUCCGUCAGGGAGUCCGUCAGGGGGUCCGUCAGGGAGUCCACGACCCGCCGCCCCUCGCGCACCAACUAG